AUGUCUUCGAAACUGGGGAUUCUUGAAACCACGGACUCAAAUCCUUCCGAAAAACCAAUGGACUUCAAAACCUGUCAAUCCGAGAUCCGAAAAUUGUUCGAAGAGGCCGUUCCGGAUAUGAAUUCGAAACAAAAGGAUGACUUGGAUUUCUUCUUCUGUCGUCUGAUGGAGCACAAAUCUAGUUUCCUCGACACCAUUUCCAAACGACUUCUGGAUUAUGAAAAAGAUGAGAAAAAGAAGUGUGAACAAGAAAUCCUCAAUAUCAACUACAAUGCCGACUUGUUUGUAAGCCGUUUGGACACAUCUGCAAGCACGUUGAAUGCUGUGAAAGCCGUUGAGCAGUUUGUCAUCGUUCGUUGUACCUACAAGCUGGACGAAUAUCUAGAGCGCCAUAAAAAUAAGGUGAUCAAGCUCAACGAGGGAAGAAUCAAAAUCAAACAAGAGUCAACCCGCCAAAAUUUGGACAUGGAGAUGGAGAAAUUGGAGAAACAAUUUCAACUGAAAAUGGCCAUGAUCGAAAAUGAGAAGAAAGAGGCGCUGGCAGCUCUUAACGUCUAG